GUCUGCACCGUUCACACAACUUCAGCGGCUGGAAUUUCGAUCGUCGUAUUCACUGCGAUGUUCUAUGGCAGAAACAUAUAGCAGAAGUUUAUUACUAAAAUCUGGUUACAAGUGUGUGCAGUAGUGUAUGUAUUUCAUGGUUAUCAAUAGCCAGGGUUACCGUAUACGAUUCGCGAACGAUCUAGUCUCUACAGGAUUAGGAGUGCACACAACGAAACUCCGAUUUGAUAAUAUUGUUCCGUGUUCGGUUUUAGAUCUAGGCUACUAUAGACUGUAGAGAUCUACCCGUUCUCAAUUAUAGAACUGCGUCUGGUUUUGCGUGAAAUGUUUGUUGGACUGAUGCGAAUCGAAGAAUGGAUUUUUACUUUUUAUCUUGGUCUUGUCUUGGCCCGCGAUCUGUGUGUAGGCUAGUCUGCCAGUCUAGAUUCUAAAAGUUAGUAAAAUCUGGAGUGAAUUUUAAUUUUCUAGCUGUAACCUUCUAGGCUGGUUAAUCUAUGUACUGUAUUUUUAUUAUAAUUCAAACAACUGAUAGUGAUAGCCUACUACUAGAAUAGGAUAGAUAAUUCAUACAAAUCAUAGAGUCAGUAAGUGUGAGCACUGAUAAAUUUUAGUCUAUAAUUAUAAUAAUACGAAUAAUAAUUAAUAUAGAUGUGUACUAGUCAGUAGUAGUCUAAUUGUCUAGCCAAUUAUUAAUUAAUACGAAACAACUUCAUGCAGGUGUAAAACUAUGCUGACUACAGACUCACAUUAAAUUAUUAGGCCUACAUGGAUCUAGAUCUAGCCUGAUAUUGAAAACUGAGGAGUCUAUCUUCGACCUGGAUUAAAAUAAUACUAUUAUAUUAUUAGACCCUUGCCAAUCAGUGACACUGUGUAACUUGCGGAUUUUGAACUGGAAAAUCUCUGCAUCUUAUCUAUAAAUAAAACUGCAGAAUUCAAACUGUCAGUAGUUAUCUAGUGGCUACCAUACUUUUUUUUUUUUUGUUCUUGCGAUUAAGUUACACUCAAAAGACUAACACAAGGCAAUUCACUCUCAAAUUAUAACUGGCAACAAAUCAUAUUCAAAAUGGCUGUUUCAUUUGUACCAGAUUUAUAUUCAGCAAAGUCUACAAAGAGUACAAUGAAAAAAUAUGUUAUCUUUUUAUUGUGUGCAAUCCUUGCCUUUGAAAAUGUACCUCAAGCUUUCGCAGAGACACUUGUUUCUUCUGCAAAUACUGGUACAAGCAGUGCAAUAAAUAUUACGCAAGAAUGUACACGCGAAGCAACAAAAUGUAAAAAAGGACUUAUUCUUCCACUUUGGACACCAGUUAGUGGUCUUAGCAGUGGGGACAAAGCAGCAAGAGCAACAGUUUACAUGGCUGCCAUGAUUUACAUGUUCCUUGGUGUUUCCAUUAUAGCUGACCGUUUUAUGGCUGCUAUUGAAGUCAUUACUUCUAAAGAAAAGGAGGUGGUAGUGAAAAAAUCAAAUGGUGAAACAACUGUGGUUAAUGUAAGAAUAUGGAAUGAAACAGUUUCCAAUUUGUCGCUAAUGGCUCUUGGCUCUUCAGCUCCAGAAAUUCUGCUCUCAGUUAUAGAAGUAUGUGGUAACCAAUUUAAUGCUGGAGACCUUGGUCCAUCCACCAUUGUUGGAAGUGCUGCAUUUAACUUGUUCAUAAUUACUUCAAUUUGUGUUUACUGUGUACCAUCUGAUGAGGUUCGACGCAUAAAACAUUUACAUGUUUUCUUUAUCACUGCCUCAUGGAGUGUGUUUGCUUAUCUUUGGUUGUACUUUAUUCUUUCUGUAAGUUCCUAUGGAGUUGUGGAUGUUUGGGAAGCUGUUCUAACCUUUUUAUUCUUUCCUAUCACGGUUGUAACAGCUUAUAUUGCAGACAGAAAACUCUUAGUCUACAAAUUUUUUUCAAAAAAAUACAGGGCGAGUGAUAGAAAAGGCGUUGUUAUUCAGUCAGAAGGAUUUGGUGAUCAAGAGAUGGGCGACGGUAAAAGUAAUCAUCUGGGAGAUGAUGUAGAUUUUAAGGGACUUAAUUCAGAAGAUUCUGAAGUUCGGGAGUUUGAAAAGCAUAGAAUGGAAUAUAUAGAAAUUAUGCGAGAAUUGAGAAAGAAACAUCCAAAUGUUGACAUGAAAACACUAGAAGAGAUGGCUGAAUAUGAAGCUGUUAAUCGUGGCCCUAAAAGUAGAGCUUUCUAUAGAAUUCAAGCUACCCGUAAACUAACAGGAAGUGGAAAUGUAAUUAAGAAAGCUAAAGUAGAAACAAGAACAAGUGGAAGUGAAACAAAAGCUGAUAUUAAAGAUAUAGAUCCAGUCACUAAAGUUUAUUUUGACCCUGGUCAUUACACAGUGAUGGAAAAUGUUGGUUCAUUCUUCUUGACAGUUACUAGAGAAGGAGGUGAUUUAUCUAAGACUGUGUAUGUCGAUUUCAAAACGGAAGAUGGUACUGCCAAUGCAGGAACUGACUUUGAAUAUGCUGAGGGAACACUUGUCUUUUAUCCUCUGGAAACUCAUAAACAAUUUUCUGUAACUAUUAUUGAUGAUGAGCUUUUUGAAGAGGAUGAACAUUUCUAUGUCCAGCUGAGCAACCUACGAUUAGGUGAUUCACAAGGUCUUUUUGAAAGUGAUCGUGUAAAGAGUAUAGCACAGAUUGUCAACCCAGCAAUGGCUACUGUCAUGAUUCUUGAUGAUGAUCAUCCUGGUAUCUUCCAUUUUGAAGAAGAAGACACACAUGUUACAGAAUCAAUUGGUGAAAUGCAUGUGAAGGUAGUUCGUUCAUCUGGUGCCAGAGGCACAGUUAAAAUACCCUAUACAACAAUUGAUGGUACAGCCAAAGCAGGAAAGGAUUAUGAAUUGGUAGAUGGAGAGCUUACCUUUGAAAAUGAUGAAACAGAACAAUUUGUACGUAUCAGGAUUGUGGAUGAUGAAGAAUAUGAAAAAAAUGAGCUAUUUUAUGUGACUUUAGGAGAACCAUAUAUAGCGAAAAAAGGCUCAGGUAAAUCAAGUGAUAAAGACUCUGGUGCAGAACUUGUACCUGAGGAUGAAAAGUUAGCUGAUUUAGCUAAGCCAAGAUUAGGGGAUAUUGUAAAGAUGACAGUACACAUUACAGAAAGUGAGGAAUUUAAGAAUGUUGUUGAUAAACUGUUGAAAAAGGCUAAUGUGUCUCUUGUAGUUGGAACUUCUUCAUGGAGGGAACAGUUUGUAGAGGCAAUUACAGUUAGUGCAGGAGAUGAUGAAGAUGAUGAUGAUUCUGAGGAAAAACUUCCAUCCUGUUUGGAUUAUGUCAUGCAUUUCCUCACACUCUUCUGGAAAAUAUUGUUUGCUUGCGUUCCUCCAACAGACUAUUGGGGUGGCUGGGCAUGUUUUAUUGUGUCUAUAUCAGUAAUUGGAUUAUUAACAGCCUUCAUUGGUGAUCUAGCAUCUGGUUUUGGCUGUACUGUUGGUUUGAAAGAUGCUGUGACAGCUAUUUCAUUUGUGGCUUUGGGAACAAGUGUCCCAGAUACUUUUGCUAGUAAGGUGGCUGCUAUCAAUGAUAAGUAUGCAGAUUCUUCUAUUGGUAAUGUGACUGGAAGCAAUGCUGUCAAUGUAUUUUUAGGUAUUGGUGUCGCAUGGACAAUGGCUGCUAUAUAUCACGCAUCUAAAGGCGAGCCAUUUAGAGUAGAUCCAGGUACUCUUGCCUUCUCAGUGACAGUCUUCUGUGUCCUGGCUGUAAUUUGUAUAAUAAUUCUAGUAUGUAGGAGAUGCAAAAUGGUUGGAGGUGAGCUCGGUGGGCCAAACAAAUUCAAGAUACCAACAGUUUUUAUAUUAGUUACUUUCUGGAUUAUAUACAUAAUGCUAUCAUCAUUGGUAUCUUACUGUUAUAUUCCAGCCUUUUAAUGAGAGAAAGAAAUGGCCCUUUGCCUUUGUUAAUUAUUAUACCAUCCAGCCCACAUUCGAAUUUAUAUGGCACACAAUACUCAGGAUUGUGCAAGGAUUGUGCAUGGUCCUUUUAAUAGGACUAGUCUUUAGGUAUCUACAUAUUUUAGGAUUGAUGACAUAUAGAGUAUUGGGAAAGGAAGUCACAUUUUUAGAAAUUGAUGCAGUAUUGUGAUGGUAAAGAUUAUUUAUGUUAGAGAUUUUAUAUUUGCAUAUAUUAUAUGUUAUAUACAAUGGCUAGGGGGAAAAGACAUUUGAAAGAAGAGUAACAGAGGUUUUUGGUGUUAAAUUUCCCAAAUAGAUCAUAUUGUACAUUAUAUUAGCUUUCAGAAUAUGUGAAAAACACCUUAGUAAUACCAGAAGAUGAAUUGUUUAUAUAUAAAUGUAUCUAGUUUA